AUGAGCCCCAGUAAAAUAAAAAAAAGACGAGCAAAAAAAAAAGACGAGGUCGUGGCCGCGAUCGGGACGACGCACCCGGGGCGAUCGCCGGGCCCGUCGGGCGUGCCUUACGAACUCUAUCAGACCGCACCGGAGGCGUGGUCCAAGGUGCUGACCAAGGCCUACAACGCGAUGAUCGAGCGCGGUUCACUCUCUCCCAAGCAGGGCCAGGGACUCGUGCGCCUCAUCUUCAAGCGCCACAAGAAGAAUGCCGAUCGCGCCGAACUCUCGUCGUAUCGCCCCAUCACCCUGCGCGAGUGCGAUUACAAGAUUUUUACCAAGGUCUACGUCGCCCGAUUGAACCAAAUUCUGCCCGAUCUCCUCCCGCCGCAGCAGCACGGCUUCGUCGAGGACCGCCGAUCGGCCGACGCUGCACUACACCUUCGUCUCCUGAUCGAGGAACUUGGCGCGCGCAGGACCGAGUUCCCCGCGGCCGCGCUCUUGUCUCUUGACCAAUCAUCCGCCUACGACCUCGUCGAGCAUGACUGGAUCUUUGCCAUCUUCGACGCUCUGGGCGCUCCUACCACCUUUCUUCGCGUGCUGAGGAUGCUCUACUCGGGUGACUCGACCUCGGCGCGCUACAUCAUCAAUGGGUUCCUGACGGCGCCGGUGCGACUGACGUGUGGGCUCGGCCAAGGGGACCCGGCGUCAUCGUCGGUCUGGGACAUCGUGUUUCAGCCGUUCCUGGAUGCUCUACACCGUCGAAACAUCGCGCUGAAUCUCUCCAUACCUGCACUUCAUCCGUACCCACAGAGCCGCGCCAUUACAUCACUUGCAUUUGCCGAUGACGUUGUCGUCGCCGUCGCGGGCUUGGAGUCACUCAACUUGCUCGAUGACCUGGCGCUCGACUGGAGGCAUGCAACGAAUGGCCGGCUCAACACGGACAAGACGGUCGUCCUACCGAUUGGACGUCGCUGGGACUCUGGGGAACGGCCAAUCGUCGUCAAGGCCGCAGGCGAGUCGCUCGAGUGGAUCGGCCUCCCCUUCGACCCCAGCGGCGACACCGAACUCGCCUACGCGAAUCUCAUCGAACGGCUCGAGGCGACGCUGGAAGCGGUUCAGCAUCGCUGGCUCACGCACCACACCCGUGCCUUUUACGUCAAUCGGUACGCCAUUCCCAAGAUCUUGCAUUUCCUUGCAGCCGACAUCCCGCCGCCCGAAGUCGUCAAGAAGCUCGAUGACAUGCUCGUCGAUUUCGUCCGUGGGGGCAAGGGCAGGACCAGCUACGGCAGAGACAUUGUGUUCACCGCCAAGAACAAGGGGGGACUCGGGGUGAUAAGGAUGCGGGACGUUGUGGACGCGGUUGCGGCACGGCUCUGGGACGUUCUUCUCGGCGGUUCCGGCGCGAUUUGGCAAGGACUUGCGCGCGCAGCACUCCAGCGAGCUCAGCCCGACCUCGACCUGGCCACCGAUCUCUGGCCACAUCCAUCCACUCCCAUCCCCAACGACCUUCAUCCCCGAUGGCACGCCGCACUGGGCGUUCCGAAACUUCACGACGCGCAGGUCAACCCGAGGGCCUUGACCACCGCGAACUUGCUCGCGCUGCCCACCCUGCUCGGCAGCCUCCACACCCCCAUCAGAGGGAGACAGACCAUCGACGCGGUUCAUGUACCUGACUACCUUCGUCUCCAGGGCUACCCGAAGGUGGCGGAUCUCUAUCGACGCGAGUUGUAUGCGGGUGGGGGGUUUCACCUCUGGACGCCGCCGGCGGAUGUGCUCGGCGACAACAGCGAGUACGAUCGACGCGGGCUCCCGCAGCGACUGGCAAUCGCGGCCUGGUACCAGUUCACUGUCGAUCGACACAAGAACACCCCCUUGGCGGCGGCGGUGGCGGCGGGACGACUCAACGUGCCUCCCCGGAUCGGCACCAGCGCACCGCUCGAGGCGAUCAUCCCCAAGCCCGUGGCCCGCUUCGCAAUGGAGCAGCGCCUUCCGGACCCGGUGCUUCCACAACAGGCGAGCCAGUAUACGCUGCUGAACAUGGCUCGCCCCUACACAGUCCGUCGCAUCCGCCGGGUCCUGAACGCGAAGGCAUUUACCAACACGCUCGGGCUAAAGGGACCACCGCAGCCGGACGACCUCAGGAGCUUCUGGAAGGCAGUCAACUCGAAGGCACUGACGGCGAGGGAGAGGGAAGUUUGGUUCAAGCUGAUCCUCCGCUUCACCCCGACGCGCAAGCUCCAGCACGAGCAAAAGCACGACACUUCUCCCGCGUGCCUCGUCUGCGAAGCGCCGGUGGACGACACCGAUCACUACUUCUUCGGCUGCUUCGACUCGCGAAACGUCUGGAUCGCGGCGAGGGGCGUGCUCUGCGACGCGCUCGGAUGCGACACGAUCGAGGACGCCGAGUACACGACACUGCAACGACUCUUUGGCCUCCCCAAGCUCAAGGCCAAACUCAGCGAACAGGAAGGCGCAGGCAGGACGAUCGAGAUCUUCACGGGGAUGGUCUUGGAGAUGAUCAGCAGUGGGAGAUGGAGGAUGCAGAAGCACGGGACGAGGAUGGAAAGCCUGGCGCGGAGGAGGGUGGUACUGGAGGAGAGGAUGAAGUUGAGGGCGGGAGGAGCAAGAGGCGGGCGAGGGCAGUAG